CCCUGGGGCCAAGAAGGGCAUAGGAGCAGUUGCAACGCCAGCAACACGCCCUACCAGAACACCCACGCUGACGUCACAACUCCAUUUCCGGUUCCAGCUUCCUGUGAAUGUGUGCCCUGAAAAGCAAGCAUGGCAGCCCCCGGCAGGAUGUUCAUUGUGCCAGCGGCCUUGGAAGGGGCUCUUCUUCAGCACUUCAUGUGUCAGAAGCUGGAGAUCGCCUAUGCCAUACACAAGCCGUUUCCGUUCUUUGAGGGCCUCCGGGACAACUGCUUCAUCACCGACAGAGUGCUUGCGGACUCGGUGGAGGCCUGUCGUCAUUUAGUUCCUGUAAGCAGAGUGGUGUACGACGUCCUUACCGGGCUGGAGCAGACAUUCACCCCAGCAUUGCUGGGCACCUUGUUCAGCCACAUCAACCUGCGUGAAUACCCCAGGCUGGCAGCAGUUCUCAGGAGCUUCAGGAGAGUCUGCGCUUCCUAUGGAGAAUGGCGCCCACGCCCAGCAAUCGCGCUGGAAGCCCCACCCGGCCCCACUGAAGGGAGUUGCCCCCAGACCCUGCUGCUGCCCCUGCCACAGCCACCACCUCAGAGCCAGCUGCCCAGUGCCAGCAAAAUUGGUGACCUUGGAGUGUCCUCGUCCAACUCUUCGGACCCUGCUGUGCCUCGGCCUGUGCACAUCCUGGAAGGAAGAAACACACCAGUGACCAAUGACAACUUAAUAUGUGAAAGAGAUGAGCAGAAAGACCCCCAAAGGCUGCUCAGCCCUCCUUUUGACACUGCUCAAGUGAUAAGAGAGAAUUCUCCAGAGCCAGAUGACCCAGAAGAUUCCCAGGAGGCCCCACGCCCACCUCCCAAGAAGAGAGGAAUUAAGAGGAAAAGGAGUAUCUGGUCAACUCCAAAAAAGAGAUGUCAGAAAAAAAGCCUCCCAAGAGAGGAGAAAAGAAAGAGUUCUAGCUGCUCAAAUUCAAGACAAGAGGAAAAAAGACCCCCAGGAGGGGUUGUCUCAUCUGGGCAUGAAAUGCAAAAGAAGCUGGAGCAGGUGACUAGAAGGAAAGAUGAUCCAAUCCGAAACUCAAGGGUGAUGACAAAGAACAAGAAGGCAAAAAUGAACUGUACCCAAGUGUCCAGACUGGAGGAAAAGAAACAGAAAACAAAUACUCGUGCAUGUUCAAAAAAGAUCCAGAAAAAUAUUCUCCAGAGAGAAAACCAUGAAGAUGACACCGUGGAUUUUCGCUGUCCAAAGCUUCCUGUGACCUGUGGAAAGGCUAAGGGGAUUUUAUACAAAAAGAAAAUGAGACAAGGCUCCUUGGAGAAGUGUAUUCAAAAUGGAAAAGGCGCCUGGUUCACCCCAGGUGAAUUUGCAGCAGAUGGGAAAAAAGGAGGCAAGAAGAACUGGAAACGGGAGAUCUACUGCGGAGGAAAGGCCCUCAGAGAGCUGUUGGAGGAAGGACUUCUGCUCUGUCCUCCAGGCAGAUGUCUCAAGAGAGGGGGGAAGGGCAGGUGAGUUUCUGCCACAUUUGUCUGAAGGCCUCAGAAUCCCCACGUUCACCAGCUCCGAGUAACCUCCGCAUCCUGGCAGGACAUCUUCAUUGCGACUGCUGAGCAUAGGAUUUCACAGCUUAUCUUAAAUGGCUAACAGCAGGUUUUUUCCAAAAUGAAAAAUUAGAACACAAA